AUGUUUCGUUUUAUUGUUGUUGCAGCGGCUCUGCUUGGCCUGGCAGUGGGUCAAAAGAUUGUCCUUCAAGCCGAAGAUGCCGCUCUCAGUGGUACAACAAUUGGGUCUUCGGUCGCAGGCUUCACAGGAACCGGCUAUGUGGAAGGCUUCUCCGACGCCACCGACAAAGUCACCUUUACCAUUUCCAACCAGACCGAGGGCCUCUAUGAUCUCGCCUUGAUUUACAACGGCCCGUACGGCGACAAGUACACGACAGUGGUGCUCAACAGCGCGGGCGGCAGCCAAGUCAGCCUGCCAGCCACCACAACAUGGAUGACUGUUUCCGCCGGCCAAGUCCUGCUUGGAGCCGGGCAGAACAAGCUCGAGAUCCAGAGUAACUGGGGCUGGUACCUGAUUGACGCCAUCACCCUCACCCCGUCUGCGACCCGGCCGCCACACAACAUCACCACGACACCCGUCAAUCCAAAGGCAAAUGCAGAUGCAAAGGCGCUGCUCAAGUACCUGGGCAGCAUCUACGGCAAGAAGAUCCUCUCGGGCCAGCAAGACCAAGCAUCCCUGGACUGGGUGACGGCGAAUGUCGGAAAGACACCCGCCGUGCUCGGCGUCGACCUCAUGGACUACACCGACUCACGCACCUCGCGCGGCGCCUCGUCGAAAGACGUCGACUACGCGAUUGCAUUUGCGAAGAAAGGCGGCAUUGUAACCUUUGUAUGGCACUGGGGCGCGCCCACGGGGCUCUACGACACGACAGCGCAGCCAUGGUGGUCCGGCUUCUACACGGCCGCCACAGACUUCAACAUCGCAACGGCGCUGUCUUCGACCCAAAACGCAAACUACACGCUCCUACUUCACGACAUCGACACGAUUGCCGCGCAGCUCAAGAAACUGCAGCAAGCCAACAUCCCCGUGCUGUGGCGCCCGCUGCACGAAGCAGAGGGGAAAUGGUUCUGGUGGGGCGCCCAGGGCGCUGCUCCCGCCAUCAAACUCUGGCGCAUCCUAUACGACCGGCUGACGCAUUACCACGGCCUGAACAACCUGCUCUGGGUAUGGAACUCUGUCGAUCCCACGUGGUACCCGGGUUCCGAUGUCGUGGAUAUCGUGUCUGCGGAUACGUAUGCGCAGGGCGACCAUGGGCCGCAGAGCGCAACCUUCGAGGCGCUGCUGAAGCUCACGGGCGACACUAAGAUUGUGGCUGCGACCGAAGUUGGGAGUCUCAUGCUGCCCAGCCAAUUGAGUGCGUACCGCGCCGAUUGGGCCUGGUUCUGCGUGUGGAGCGGUGAUUACAUUCAGGGCGGUGCGUGGAAUAGCCUCGACUUGAUUAAAAGUGUGUAUGCGGAUGAGUAUGUGGUUACGUUGGAUGAGGUGCAGGGAUGGAGGGGUACGUAG